CAACUACGAGCUCGACGGUCCGGAUGCCCUGGUCGCCCCGGUAACGGCAGCUUCCGGGUCAUGCGGAAGUGACGGUGGAGUAAGAUGCGUCGGAGAACGGUCAUAUUGUCCCCUUCCUUUCCCAGGAGGUGCCGAUAGGGAAAGAUUGAUCUUUCGCAGACGGACACUAACACGCAAACACACACCCCUGAGGGAAACCCUCCGCUCGGAGACUAAUAGACAAAAAGAAAAGGCCGGCGGCGGGAAGGUUAAAGAGCUCGGUCCUGGAAGGCCCCUCUCAAGUUGCACUUCUGUUUCAGAUUUGCAUCACUCACAGGGUGGCAGCCAGUGCAUCUCUGGGAUUCCCAUUGCGAAAACUGACUUGAGUGCAAAAUGCCCUGAGGAGACUGGUCACUGAGUUGCGCCUGCCAGGUAAACACUGCACCCAAACCUGUCGUUGCCCAGCUGGCGAGCUCUCUGAUUAUUUCAUUGGCGUUUGCUCCUUUCACAGUUAGAACUGGCGACGGUCGGGAGAUGUCCAACCUAAACUGGAAACCUUUUGUCUAUGGGGGCCUGGCUUCUGUCACUGCUGAGUUUGGGACAUUUCCAAUUGACCUGACAAAAACUCGGCUGCAGGUUCAGGGUCAGCUUAUUGACUCUCGUUACAAGGAGAUUAAGUACAGAGGAAUGUUGCAUGCCUUACUCAAGAUAUGUAAGGAGGAAGGAUUGAGGGCUCUUUAUUCCGGCAUCAGUCCAGCUCUGCUGCGUCAGGCAUCCUAUGGCACCAUCAAGAUUGGAACUUAUCAAAGUUUGAAGCGCCUUUUUGUAAGCUGUCCACAAGAUGAAACGCUCCUUGUAAAUGUUCUGUGUGGGAUUCUUGCUGGUGUGGUUUCGUCGUCUAUUGCCAACCCUACAGAUGUAUUAAAGAUUCGGAUGCAGGCUCAAAGUGGUCUGUGUCAGGGGAGUAUGAUCGGGAAUUUUAUUAAUAUCUAUCAGCAAGAGGGCACCAGAGGAUUAUGGAGGGGAGUGAGCCUCACUGCUCAGCGAGCAGCCAUUGUGGUUGGCGUGGAGUUGCCAGUCUACGAUAUCACCAAAAAGCACAUCAUCCUGUCUGGCCUCAUGGGAGACACAGUCUACACACACUUUCUAUCAAGCUUUACCUGCGGCUUAGCUGGUGCCUUGGCCUCCAAUCCCGUUGAUGUAGUGCGGACUCGCAUGAUGAACCAGAAAGUGCUUUCAGGGACUCACGUCAUUUACAAGGGGACCCUGGAUGGUCUUCUACAAACAUGGAGGACUGAAGGUUUCUUGGCUCUGUACAAAGGAUUCUGGCCCAAUUGGUUACGUCUGGGGCCUUGGAAUAUCAUUUUCUUCAUUACAUAUGAACAGCUCAGAAAGAUCCCUGUAUGAUGUCUUGUUAGUCUCUGCAGGACUGUUCUUCAUGCUUGCACUGCUGCCUGGCAUUUGUUUGUUGACAGGAGGGAAGCCUUCAUUCACCCCGUUGCCUUUUCUUCCACCCUUGUAGGGUGCUGCAUGAAUGUUACUGCACUUGAAUUCAGAUGCCUCGCGUACAGAGACCAAUGACUUUAAUUUUCUGGUAACAAUUGAGAAGAUUCAAUGAGUUACAGUCCCAGUUGAUGAUGGUGAUACUGUCAAAUAGGAAACCUCUUCAUAGAAACAGGGUUGGGUGGGGGGGGGGGAACCCAACUGCCAAUGUCAGGCUGCACAUACAAUGCAUGUGAAUUUGUGAGGACAUGCAUGCUCAACACAUAACUGGGAAUCUGUCAGUGGAAAAGUGUGCAUGAAUAUGGGGGUUACUCAUAAAGAGGUCUUUUGCACUUGAAGCCAAACUUGUCUUUAAGCUGCCUGUACUUGAAUGUUCUGGACUUCAAAUGUUUGCCUGUGGCCCCUGAUCCACAUAUCAGCUUAUGUUCUCAUUAAUGAGUGUGCUCAUUAAGAUCCUAAAUCGGGAUUUAUCUACCAGUGAUACAAAAACAGUGAUUCCGGCAGCUCAGAACACAUUGGUUGUCAACUGAGCAGAGUGAUGCAGACUCAAAGAUGAUUUAUUGGAUCUUGGGCCCCUCGUCUUGCACAAUGCAGAAGUAGGGAUAUCUUGGGCGCAGACCUUUGAAUGCAUUACGCACAACAUAAAAAGUGAGAUUCUGUGGCUCAGGUUCUUCAGCAAAUGCGCACAAUGUCGAGGGUAGUUUUCAGAAUGUUGGGACCCUUGGCCACAUUUCACACAAUGUUGAAAUGCCAAAUCAAUUAGUAACUCAGAAACUGUAUUUAUGCCAGUUGUAACUAGAAAUUUUACAAAGUUGACUGGUUUGGAGGAAGAGCAUUUGAAGUACAUUGGAUAUUGUUAUGUCAGGACUGAGUUUCAGUUAGAUACAGUCACCAUACAACACUCAUCAGAAAGUUCUCAACUUUCAAAAACAAUGAUUCCUGAAGAAGAGUCAAUCAAAUUUGCAAUAGAUUUUCAGUCUGAUUUUCUUUUGCAUAUUCCUGAAGGUAUAAAUUUGCUUGCUGAGCUAGUUAAUUCUGCUUUUUAGCUGAAAGUGUGAUGUAUUAAUUUAACCACCUUGCUUUCUCACUCCGUUCAAAAUGCUGAUGAUUUUGACAGUGUCACUCCAGUUGGCAGGCACUUCUCACUCUCAUGCAGAGCAGCCUGGGACUAGGAAAUGAGCCUGCAGCAUGGUCUGCAAAUGCUUUCCUCCACAAAGAUCUUUAUUUUUACCCUCUCUACAUGCUUGAGGUGUUUUGCUGGUUAUGCACCAGUGCUUUGAGGGGCUGUCUCUAAAUCACAGGAGCUUAAAUUACAUAGUCUCCCUUUGUCUUGCAAUGUGAUCAUAGAGAGGAAUUAUGUACAGCUUCUGAUAGUCAACCUUUAGGACUGCCUGUUGGAGAAAAACAAAUACUUAUCAUUUGAUGACUGCCUCCAUAUCAGAUGUCAGCAUCCUUUCAGUAUUAAAUUUAAUUUGGAAAAAUCAUUUUAAAAAAGAGAUACUCAAGUUAAAGUAUUUUUAAGCUGUUAAUAACUAAAUCUGAGACAAUCUGCAAACAUUUGUGGUUACUGGUUUAUUUUUGGGCCAAUAUGACAUGCCAUUGGAAGCAGCAAAGCUGUCCUUAGGGAUGGAUUUUAUUAACACUGCAUGUUAGUGACAUUGUUCAUACCUGUCUAUGGGCACUGUGGCCUGUCUUGACCAUGUUCCCCAUUUAGGUUGGUGAUAGUACUAAAGUCUCGAGGGAGCUAGUGACUUCGAGAUCAGGUAUUACUGCGGUGCAGAUGUGUGUAAUGUGGUCCCUUGAUCCUAUUCAGAUUACACUCAACAUAGGGGUAGGGAAAUCCUCGUGAGAUAACCUAGUAUAUAUUGAAUUGUCAGAUUUAAUUUUGAAAUACAAAGCACGAAUGUUUCUCUACCUUAUGUGAGCCUGAAAGCUAGUGCUGACCAGUCAUUGGGUGCUGAACAGGUUGAGCUCUUGUCAAAUUUUUCAAAGUAACACAGAAUGUUGAACAAUCUCUGAUGAGAGAGUUGUCCCGUGUGGAUGCCUGUUUAAUUAAUCAGUUUUGGUAUGUAUAUACUUGGAGUUUGUCAAGGCUUUUUGGGGCUUGGGCUUGAACACAGAAUGGGAUUUGCAAACCUCUCCCUGUGUGAUUUGUAUUUAUGUAAUAAUAUAACAAUAAUGAAUGUUAUAAUUAUGUACAUUGGUGGAUCAACUUCAUUUAAUUUUGAACAUCCUAAAUAUCAUAUCAAUACAGAAUUGUUGGAUGCUAUUGCCCUGUUCUCAAAGUCUGACUUCUCACACAUCAGCGCCUUGCUGUCCUGCUUAUGUCUCUGCCUCUUGUUAUUAAAUAAUGAAUCCAGGGCUUUCUCAUGCAGCUGGUACAUAAUGUUCCUUCACAACCAACACUGACAGAGCAACUGAUUGUUACAUCAACAUCUUAAUUAUUUUCUUACAUCUCAGUUUUAAUUUGAGAGCUAUGCUUUAUGAUAUAUUUGUAGUUCUUCCAAAGUCUUUGCGUGGAAAAAAAUGGUUAAGUGAUCUUCAAAUAUGGCUAAGUUAAAAAUCACACAACACCAGGUUAUAGUACAACAGGUUUAUUUGGAAGCUCUAGCUUUUGGCACACUGCUCCUUCCACAGGUGGUUCUGGAGUAUAAGAUCAUAAGACACAGAAUUUAUAGCAAAAGUUUACAGUGUGAUGUAACUGAAAUUGUGUUGAAAA